AAAUGGACGGUAUAAAAAAAACAAAAAAAAAAGGUUCUCUUUAACGGUCCCGUUCGACAUCACUUCCGCCCCUCCAUCCUUCCAUCUUCCAUACCGGAUCCGACAACAGACGUCAGAUCGAUUCGCUCGUUUCAAGCUCUUCUUCUUCUUCAUCGCCUCUGCCUUUCUAACUCUUUCCCUCUCUUUAAUGUUUUGAAAUUACAGCAGUUUCGAAGCUCUGAGGAAGAAACUCUUUCGAAAGUGUUCGUGAAAAUUCAACACAGGGAGGGGAGAGCCACGGAGAUAGACAAAAGUGGGGCGUAGGAGGAGAAAGGGAAUUCGAUAUUUCAAUCAGGGUUUAAUGAAAUUCGUGUCUGGUUUGGAUGAACAUUGAGUGGCGCUGUUGGACCAGUGAAUGCAUUUCGACCCAUAUUAGCUAUUGAAAUUUACCCACAUAGCGGACUGCAUCAUCCCAAUCAGGCAGGGCUCCCUCUUCUUUCCAUUUAUUGAAGGAGGAGGAAGAGGAAAGAAUCGAAGAUGUUUAAGUUCUUAAAGGGAGUGGUGGGUGGAUCUGGGACUGGGCUCAAAGAUCUGCCUUACAACAUCGGCGAUCCAUACCCAUCUGCCUGGGGCUCAUGGACUCACUUUCGGGGUACCUCCAAGGAUGAUGGGUCUCCAGUCUCUAUAUUUUCUCUUUCAGGGAGUAAUGCACAGGAUGGACAUCUGGCUGCAGGUCGCAAUGGUGUGAAACGGCUGCGAACUGUUAGGCAUCCAAAUAUUUUAUCCUUUCUUCACAGUACUGAGGCUGAAACUAUUGAUGGUUCUGCUUCCAAGGUUACGAUUUAUAUUGUUACAGAGCCUGUUAUGCCAUUGUCUGAAAAGAUCAAGGAAUUGGGUCUAGAAGGCACCCAAAGGGAUGAGUAUUAUGCUUGGGGUCUGCACCAGGUAGCCAAAGCUGUGAGCUUCUUGAACAACGACUGUAAACUUGUUCAUGGUAAUGUUUGCUUGGCCAGUGUUGUUGUAACUCCAACCUUGGAUUGGAAGCUCCAUGCUUUUGACGUUCUAUCUGAGUUUGAUGGAAGUAAUGAAGCUUCGAAUGGGCAAAUGCUGCAAUAUGCCUGGCUCAUUGGAUCACAAUAUAAACCGAUAGAAUUGGUGAAGUCUGACUGGGCUGCUAUUAGAAAGUCUCCUGCAUGGGCCAUUGAUUCUUGGGGCUUGGGUUGUCUCAUCUAUGAACUAUUUUCUGGUUUGAAGUUGGGCAAAACAGAGGAGCUGCGAAAUACUGCUUCCAUCCCCAAGUCUUUACUUCCAGAUUAUCAACGGCUAUUGAGCUCUAUGCCUUCUCGCAGGUUGAACACAUCCAAGCUUAUAGAAAAUAGUGAGUAUUUUCAAAAUAAGUUGGUCGACACUAUACACUUCAUGGAAAUUCUUAGUCUAAAGGAUAGUGUUGAGAAGGAUACCUUCUUCCGGAAGCUCCCAAUUCUAGCUGAACAACUUCCUCGUCAAAUAGUACUGAAAAAGUUGCUUCCUUUAUUAGCUUCCUCCCUUGAAUUUGGUUCAGCUGCUGCCCCUGCCUUGACCGCAUUGUUGAAAAUGGGUUCUUGGCUUUCAACUGAAGAAUUCAGUGCAAAGGUUCUACCUACGAUUGUGAAACUAUUUGCCUCCAAUGAUCGAGCUAUAAGAACUGGACUCCUGCAACAUAUUGAUCAAUUUGGUGAAUCAUUGUCAUCCCAAAUGGUUGAUGAACAGGUCUAUCCCCAUAUUGCCACCGGGUUCUCUGACACGUCUGCUUUUCUUCGUGAAUUAACUCUAAAAUCCAUGCUUGUUCUUGCUCCCAAGCUUUCUCAACGCACUAUUUCUGGGUCAUUAUUGAAGCAUCUUUCAAAGUUACAGGUUGACGAAGAACCAGCAAUUCGAACAAAUACGACCAUAUUACUUGGGAAUAUUGCAAAUUACUUAAAUGAAGGGACAAGGAAGCGAGUUUUAAUUAAUGCUUUCACUGUCCGUGCACUGCGUGAUACAUUUUCCCCAGCCCGUGGCGCAGGCAUAAUGGCAUUAUGUGCUACAAGUGGAUAUUAUGACAGUACAGAAAUUGCAACUAGGAUUCUUCCUAAUGUUGUUGUGCUUACUAUAGAUCCUGACAGUGAUGUUCGAUCAAAGUCCUUUCAAGCAGUUGAUCAGUUCUUACAGAUACUAAAGCAAAACAAUGAGAAGGAAAUUUCAGGAGAUGCAGCUGCCGGAGGUCUGAAUAUCCCGUCUCUGCCAGGAAAUGCUAGUUUGCUCGGAUGGGCAAUGAGCUCCCUGACUCUAAAAGGAAAACCUUCUGAACAUGCUUCUAGCGCUCCUGUAAGCUCUAAUGCACCUUUAGCUGCUACAAGUUCUGAUUCCAUCUCAGUUGAAAACGCUCCAACCACGGCACCUGUAAGGGUAAGCUCGAGUUUCGAUUUAACUGAACAACAUGCAACUGAAUCGCCAACAUCUACUGAUGGCUGGGGAGAAGUUGAAAAUGGAAUUCAUGAUGAAGAUGAAACUGAAAAGGAUGGGUGGGAUGAGUUGGAACCUCUCGACGAGCCAAAGCCAUCUCCAGCUCUUGCAAACAUUCAGGCUGCUCAAAAACGACCUGUGUCUCAACCUGUCUCACAAACAAAACCACCAAGUUCAAGAAGUACAACCCGGCCAGCUAAAGAGGACGAUGAUCUUUGGGGUUCCAUAGCUGCUCCUGCUCCAAGAACUGUCUCCAAACCGUUGAAUGUAAAGGCAAGUGCAACUGUUGAUGAUGAUGAUCCCUGGGCUGCCAUUGCUGCUCCUGCACCUACAACUCGAGCCAAGCCAUUGUCAGCUGGUAGGGGGAGAGGAAGCAAACCAGCUGCUCCAAAAUUAGGAGCUCAGAGGAUAAACCGGACAUCGUCGACUGGUAUGUGAUUGCAUAUAGUAUAAAACAAAAGAAUGAUUUCAAGAUUCAAGUUGCCUGCAAUUUUUACUUUCCAUUGUUUAUUAGAGUAAAAUUGGCCAUUUCGUCCAUGAGCUGUAUCUUAACUUUGAUUUCAUACAUAGUUUGAUCUAUAAUAGCAUUCUUUAUAGUGCAGCUUUCUUUCCUUUUUUUCUUUUUUACUUGUGCAAGGAAUAUGAUUUUGACAAUGGUCUGAUUCCAUAGGGAGACAUUUUCAAGAUGUAAUAAACUUUAUUCUUUUUUGUAGAUUGUCAGAAACAUUUUAUUUUAUAUGUACUCUAUUUUAAAUUGGAA